UAGCUAACAUUUUCUAUUUAGUUAACAUUAUCAAAAUUACAUUUGGUAUAUAUAAAAAAUUUAAUUUUGAGGAGGCUCUUCAAAUUAUUCAGGGGACUCGAGCCCCUGCGUACCCACUCCUAGUGAUGCUACUAAACCUCAUCUAAGAUAUAUAUGAUUUCUUACCAAUUAUGUCAAUAUUUGAUGCCUGACAAACAUCUCAUAACAUCUCAAAGUUAAUUAUUCAGGCAAUAGCUGUCAUUUAUCUGAUUUUAAUAAAACUCCUAUAUGAUAGAUUUAAAAUGUUAGUUGAUACGCUUUUAAUAUUCUUCAUAUCCAUAUGUACAGCUUUUUUGGGUGAAGGAUUAACAUAUUUCCUUGUUUAUAAAACUGAGAAAUAUAAAAAAUUAAAAGCUGAAGUUGAUCGUCAAAGUCGUAAAUUGGAGAAACAAAAAGAAAUAAAUUCUGAUGCACUAGAUAAGUCUCAUAGAAAAAAAUUAGAAAAACAGGAAGGAAAAUUAAAAGUCAAUAAUCGGGAUUUGACUUUAGUAAAGAUGAAAUCAAUGUUUGCUAUUGGAUUUGCUUUUACAGCCCUACUUAGCAUGUUCAAUUCUAUUUUUGAAGGUCGUGUAGUUGCAAAACUUCCAUUUGAGCCAAUAAAUUGGUUCAGAGGUUUGUCACAUCGGAAUUUAGCUGGAGCUGAUUAUACUGAUUGUUCUUUUAUUUUCCUAUAUAUUUUGUGUACAAUGUCCAUUAGACAAAAUGUACAGAAAAUGCUAGGGUUUGCUCCAUCACGUUCUAUAUCAAAACAAUCACCUUCAUUAUGGUUAACAAAUUCGAAUUUCAACAAAUAAUUUUAAUAGGAAAAUGAAUUUAUAUCUAAUAAUUGUUGCAAGAUCACACAAUUAUGUGAAUAGAAUUUUUUUCAAAAUUUCUCAAAAUUUUUAUUUCUAGAUAUGAAUUACAUGUUAUGUUGCAUAUUUCUGAAAUGAAACAUUUUAUUUAUUAUAUACUAUCUGGGCUAUGCUGAUCAGUAAAUUUUUUACCUAUCUGAUAUUUUCUCUUGUAAUAAAUGACUAAAUAAAAAAUUU